AGGAAGUGGCAAGGUGGUUUGCAGAUUUGUAGCUGGACAACGCGCAUGCGUUAAACUACUCAGCUAGCCUAGCUUCGAAGCCGCCGGCCAACAUGGAGAGAAAAGUUCUGGCACUCCAAGCAAGGAAGAAGAGGGCAAAGGCAAAGAAGACCAGCAAGAAGCAGCCAGCUCAUCCCAGGGGAGUGGUCCAGCAGCAGCAACCCCAGGCAGAUGUUUCUCCACAGGAGCCAGAGGAAGAGAUCCUGGGCUCUGAUGACGAGGAGCAAGAGGAUCCCAAUGACUACUGCAAGGGUGGCUACCACCAUGUUAAAAUAGGAGACCUUUUUAAUGGGAAGUACCAUGUGAUCCGGAAGCUGGGAUGGGGCCAUUUCUCCACUGUAUGGCUAGCCUGGGAUAUCCAGAUGAAGAGGUUUGUGGCCAUGAAGGUGGUGAAGAGCGCAGAGCACUACACAGAGACAGCUGUGGAUGAGAUCAAACUGCUCCGAUCUGUCCGAAACACAGAUCCCGAUGAUCCCAACAGGGAAAUGGUGGUUCAGCUACUAGACGAUUUCAAGAUCUCUGGCAUCAACGGAACUCACGUGUGCAUGGUUUUUGAGGUCCUGGGGCACCACCUUCUGAAGUGGAUUAUCAAGUCCAACUACCAGGGCCUGCCUCUGCCCUGUGUCAAGAGCAUCAUACGUCAGGUUCUCCAGGGUCUGGACUACCUCCACACUAAGUGUAAGAUCAUCCACACGGACAUCAAGCCGGAGAACAUCCUGAUGAGCGUCAACGAGCCCUAUGUUAGGAGGCUGGCGGCCGAGGCCACCGAGUGGCAGAAGGCCGGGGCGCCCCCUCCAUCAGGAUCUGCAGUGAGCACGGCACCAGCACCAAAACAAGCCAUCAAGAUGUCUAAGAACAAGAAGAAGAAACUAAAGAAGAAGCAGAAGCGCCAGGCGGAGCUGCUGGAGAAGUGCAUCAUGGACCUGGAGGAGAUGGAGAAGGCUCCGGAAACCCGCGAGCAGGAGGAGGAGGAGGAGGAUGACGAAGAGGACCCUGAGUCCCCCAGAGACCAGCCACCGUGCAUCCCUCUCAGGCAGGCCUCGCUGCAAGAGCUAGGGAACGAGGAGAUGGCUGAGUGCAUUGCCAACACGGAGGAGGCACAGAAGGGAACAGAGGGCAUGGCGGAGGUGAACUGUAACGGCCUCCACCUGGAGGAUAAAGAGGAGGAGCAGGGGCAGGCGCAGUGGAGGGAAGAGGACCGACACAACGGCAAUGUGGAGCCAGCAGAGGGGCCGGGUUUCACCCAGGAGACGCAACACGAGGACUUCCAGCCUGGCCCUGUGUGCAACGGGCUGGCAUCCCCCUCGCCCUCUCCUGAGGAGCAAGGCUUGGAGAGGGAGGGUAGAGGCGGGGCUGUGAACAUCGGGGCGUCGGAGAGGGGGCCCCCUGGUGGGCUGGAGGAGGGAGAGCUGCAGAGCCAAAGUCCUGAGGGGACGGAGGAGAGCGUUGACUGCCAGUACGGAGCCCAGGAGAGCCUAAAAAACGCCAAGCUCGCUGCCGGCAGCUUCCUGGUUAACCCCCUGGAGCCCCUCAACGCAGACAAGAUCACGGUCAAGAUCGCAGACCUGGGAAACGCCUGCUGGGUGCACAAGCACUUUACGGAGGACAUUCAGACACGACAGUACCGCUCCCUGGAGGUGCUGAUUGGCUCCGGAUACAACACACCAGCUGACGUAUGGAGCACUGCCUGCAUGGCGUUUGAGCUGGCCACGGGGGACUACUUGUUUGAACCACAUUCGGGGGAAGAUUACUCCAGGGACGAAGACCACAUAGCGUUGAUCAUUGAGCUGCUAGGAACUGUUCCUCGCAAACUCAUAGCGGCGGGAAAAUAUUCCAAGGAUUUUUUCACCAAGAAAGGUGACCUGAAGCACAUCACCAAGCUGAAGCCCUGGGGCCUGAUGGAGGUGCUGGUGGACAAAUACGAGUGGCCCAGGGAGGAGGCUGAGUGUUUCGCUGACUUCCUGCUCCCCAUGCUGGAGCUCAUCCCAGAGAAGAGAGCCACAGCCGCCGAGUGCCUGCGCCACCCCUGGAUUGCCCUCUAGUGGUGGCCUCUGGCCUCACAGCACCUCAUUAUCACUUUUUUUUCUCUUUUUUUUUUCUCGAUCUCUCUCCCUCAUUCUCGAGAAUGCAACAGAUCACUUUCCAGCUCAAGCAUAUCUGACGAGUAUUUAUUUUCCGUUUUCAUGUUUUGGUUUUCUUACAUUUUGUUUUAAUGGUUGAGUAAUACUCCUGUCCAGUUUGUGUAUUUGAAUCUAUUCCGUUCCUCCCUUUGUGCUUGGGGGUUGUAUUGGUCUGUGGUCCUGUUGGAACAAAAUUGCUGUGCUCUGCUAACCCGCUCCACCUCCCCCUUUUAAGAGGACUUGGGUUUUAAAGGCGGGCAGCUUCCCUCAUUCUUGUUUUGUUUUACUCCUGCUCAACACUCCAGAAGAGAUGAAGAGAACGUUGCCCUUAAUGUCCACUUUGGCCUCUAAAACUGCCCCCUGCCUCCAGUUCAGUUCAUUUUGGCCCUUAGUGCAGCGUUCACUUUAUGGAAAAUAAUCUUAUGUUACACCUGUGGGGAAUGAUUGUUUUGUAUUGCUGUAGUAUUAGGAAGCUGCAGAGUGACUAGACUGACAGAAGUAACUGCAGUCUCUGUAUCACAUAGAGCCAUUAGAUGUAUUUAAUAGGGAACCCGGGGCUGCUCGUAAAGAUGGGUACUGCCAGUUGUGAGUUCCAUGUCACUUAAUAGUUAGUUCACUUUGUUGGGAGGCUGGUUUUCCUUCAGAGUCUUUGUGGGAUUCAGGAAUAUUUCAGUAUAUAAAGCAUAAAAGACUCAUGAGAACAAUUGUGAAGAAAAAAAAAGAAAAAAACUAUUUGUGUGUGUCUGUAUAUACAUGUACCAAAGAGUUGGCCUUGUUCUGUAUAUUACAGUUCUGUAC